UUUAUUUCUGUAUUUCUUGCCCAGGAGUUAUUUUCAUGUGUUAGUAUAUGAAGUGAAAUGAAACCAGCCAUUGUUUUGAUAUAACUGAACAUGAAACGAAACAAGGUUUGAUAAGGGAAUUGCAAAAUAAAUCUUCGAAAUCUUGAAGCUGCUGUUUUUAAUAUGACAAAGAAAGUUAGCAGAUAUUUAUUCUAAAAAAAUGUUAACUCCUACUGAAGAAUCUGGACUUCGAACCAUUUUAAACGACUUUUCAGAUUCUGAUUUAUUUUCUUUGGCAGACACGGUGACGAAGAGACUCUUAAAUAUAACAGAUAGAAAUGCUGCUAUCCAAGCAAUAUUGUCAUGUUUAGAAAAGCCAUCAGAUCUUUUAAAACGACAGAAAGUAACAAAGAAAAUAAUCUUCAGUUAUUUACUUAAAAUAAAGCCGUUUGUUUCCCCAGAAUCUACUAAAUCCGAUUUGGUGAAGAUGUGUCUUAAAGAAUGGCAUUCAAUUGAAGAAUGCAAAAACACUGACUAUGAAAAUAAUGAAAAUACUUCCACUGUCACUAAUUCAAGAGUGUCACAACUUCCACAGCAAAACAGUUUUGAUAUGUUGAAAGCCAUGGGAACACAGUUUGCUAUGUGGUUCUUUCCAAUUUAUAAUACACUUCAAGAUUUUGGUCCUGAACAUUUUUGGGCGGAUUGUAAAUUAAUGGGUGAACUUAAAACAGCCAGAGAUAGAAAAGAGGUUACUGUUGUCGGAGCCAAUGAAGUCGUUAAUUUUCUGAGAAGUUUAAUUAUGAAUGACAAAUUUUAUUUUGAUGCCAACACUUCUCAGGACUCUGUAACAAGUGAACAGGACCCUCAUGGACUGGUUAGAAUAUUAGUAAGUGGUGUGGUCCAUCAAAUGUCCAAUUGUAUUGGUUUGUUUGAUUGUUUCUUUGGAUUGGUGAAAAAUCCUGCUUAUAAUGACAAUUGGAAAAUCAAAUGGAUUCAUAUGAAAAUACAUGUUAAUAGUAUCAAUGAAGGAAGUCUUCCGCCUGCUAUUCAGUUGCCUAGCAUUUGCCAAAGAGCUUGAUCUUUCAAACAAAAAUUAUUAAAAAUAAAAGAUUUUCUGUAUUUUUACUGAAUUUCCACAUAUUUCUUUUUUUUAAAAAAAGGUAACUGCUGCAGUAGAUAUGCAAUUGUCAUUUUGUUUUGUGUUGCAAAGUAAUUACUGGUAUUACACUUCUUUUAAAAUUUGGUUUGUAUAUUUUAGGGCUUAUUAAGUGCAAACUAAAUUUUAUUUCUAUAAUUAAUAUUAUAUUCUUCCUUUUUAAGAUGAAAGAAUUGGUUUGCUUUCAAUUCUUGAUAUAGUAGUAGUCUAUUAAAUAUUUCUUAAAUUCCUCUUAUUGUACUAUGAAUUCCAGAUUUAUGGUUGAUACAGUAUAACAUAAAAUAUUAUUUAUUUAGUUUUGUCUUUGUUGUGAAUCUAGUUAAGGUUUUUUCAAAAAUUUCGCUCUAAACAUUUGUGAAAGAUUUUCCCAAUAUUAAUAUUUGUUUCUUUAUUUUUAUUGCAUAUACCUAUAAUUUUUUUAAAAAGUAUCAACUAUUCCAAGAUGUAAGUUUUAAAAGAAUUUGAUUGAAGUUUGUGAUAUGUUCCUUUAUUUAAUAAGGUAUACAUGUUUUCUAUAUUAUAUAAUUUCAUUAAUAAUAACAGAUUUGCCUCAUAGCAGUUAAU